GGGCGGGACUCGGAAGGGGCCGGGGCCGGGCCUGGACAGGCCGAGGCGAGGCCCAGCGAGGAGUCCGGCCGCGCAGCUCGAGGGGUCCGGGCAUGGCCCUGGCGCUGCGCCUGCUGCUGCUGCUGCUGGGGGCUGCCGCCCUGCCGGGGGGCCGCUCCCGUCUGCACACCACGCGCAUAUACAACACAGUGGUGUCGGAGCCCGGCCCGGGGCUGCCCUGGUACAGUGCUGCCGGCUACGUGGACGAUCAGCUCUUCGUGGACUACACCAGCGAGAAGCGGAGGGUGGAGCCCCACACAGAAUGGAUGGCGCGGAACGUGGACCCACAGCACUGGGAUGAGCAGACCUGGCGUGCACGGCGCUGGCAGGCCUGGUUCAAUGCGAGUCUGAACACCCUGCGUGAGCUCUACAACCACAACGAGGGGUUUCACGUCAUCCAGACGAUAUACGGCUGUGAUCUCCGGGAAGACAACGUCAUUCAGGGAUUUUACCAGGAUUCAUAUGACGGACGAGACUUUCUUACCUUCGAUAAGGAGACCAUGACUUGGGUAGCAGCAGAUAUUGGGGCUCAGAUCACCAAGAAGAGAUGGGAUGUUGAAAUAGGUGACAACCAGCGGUGGAAACGCUACCUGGAGGAGGAAUGUAUUCCCUGGCUAAGGAGUUCUCUAGAGUAUGGGAAGGAGACUCUGCAGAGGAAAGUGCGCCCAACAGCUAGAGUGAGUGACCGGUCAUCUCAUGACGGCCUCACCACCCUCUCCUGUACAGUCAGAGGGUUCUACCCCCGGGACAUCACCGUGACCUGGCUGAAAAAUGGGGAGAGCAGACAGCAAGAGACCUACUCUGAAGGCAUCCUACCCAGUGGGGACGGGACUUACCAGACCUGGGUGAAAAUGGAGAUUGAUCCCAAGAUCAAAGCCCAUUAUUCAUGUCACGUGGAGCAUGAAAGCCUGUUAGAGCCACUCUCUGUCUCCUGGGAACCAAAUAACAAUCUGAUUCCCGUUGUGGCUGGAGUUAUCACUGCAGUUGUCCUGAUUGGUGUUAUAAUUGGAGUAGUCAUCUGGAAAACGAAACGCCCAGGGAAGAAGGGAGAUGGCUACACUGUAGCUCCAGAAAAUGACCAAGGAUCUAGUGGCUCUGACCUAUCUGCCAAGGCUUAACUGAGCCUGGUGGAGUCUGUGCCACAACGUGAGGGGACCCCAGAGAGGAAGACGGAUGAGCUCUGCCCUGUCUCCCUGCAAGAACCAGUCAACCCCUCCCUAGCUUUUCUCCGGCACUUGGAGUGUCCUGUGUGGGAUUUCCGGCCUCAUCUGUCUGCUCACUGAACCACGUUUUGCUUUUCAGAUGUAAUAGUUUUCUGUAAUAAUGUUUUAUUUGCACAAAAUAAUUUCCAACAUUUGAAUGGAUAAAAACUCUGUUAGUCAGAGUUUAGUAUUUGCUCGCGUUCAGUGAUGCACUCAGUGCUCUGGCUGCGCAGUGCUGUCUGCACACCCUGUGCGGUGCGCAAGAUCUGUUAGCAGUAGCUGCUUGUGUAUCUAUGGUGGGGGACGUCUUUCUUUUCUGUAGAAUUUCAUGAUUCUAACAUGGUAAAUUGCCGGGUCUACUCGCAGCUGGCAGCGCUGUUGCUAUCAUCAGCUGCGGAAGUCUGUUGGACAGGAAUAAAUGUCUGCAUUUAAUUUACAAGUGCCUCAAAUGUCCUUUUCACCAUUGAUAGAGCCAUAGAAAUGCCGGGCUACUAGGGAUGUCAAGAGGUCAUCAAGUCAAGCCCCUGAUCUCAGGCAGCACCAAGUAAACCUAGACCAUCCCGGACAGGUGUUUGUCCAACCUGUUGUUGAAAACUUCCAAUGACGGGGGUUCUACAUCCUCUCUAGGAAACCUGUGUGAUGAAGUGGGAUAUUUUCCUAACAUUGCAUACGUAGACCGUGCCUCCGUUUCCCCAAUGCGCUGCGUGUCUAACCCAGGUGGGAGUGGGGGUGUCUAUUGUUGCGGAGGACCAGGUGUGACCCAGUCUAGCAGACUGGACCCCAGACCAUGGCCUGGACACUUUGUAACUUAGCGACUGAUGACCCGAAGGCCCAUCCAAACUUGGAGCCAGCCAGUUAUGGGCAGCAGAGAGAACAAAGAGCUGAAGAGAGAGUCAUCUGGAGAUCUGUUUGUCCGGGAAAGAAGACAAAGAUGGAGGCGGGGCCUUGGAGGUGAUAUAGGGUGGACCGCAGAAAGAAAGUCACGUCUGGGCUGGGAACAAAGAGCGGUCUAAGCCUACCUGGACGGGGACAGACCCAGAUGGACACCCCUGAGAACAUCUUGUGCUCUGUUCCAGACAUACAAUAAACCCUUCUGUGCUGUGCUGGCUGAGAAUCGCUGCAGGCUAGAGAGAGACAGGCAUGCUGGAGGCUCAGACGUGUGGUACUGGGAGGCGGAGGAGAAGCCUACAGCUUAAACCCCGAGCAAAGCGUGACCUUAUGUAGGGUCAAUACUCUAAAGGCCGGUUCCUACCAGGGGCCAUAUGGAGCCAAGAGAGCACUGGCCUGUGAGUCUGUGACAACCUGUUCCACAGUGAACUGUCCUUAUAGCUACAAAGUUUUUCCUAAAGUGUAACCUAAAUUCCCCCUUUUCCAACUAUCAACUGGAGAACAAUUGAUCACCGUCCUCUUCAGAGCAGCCCUUAAUGCAGGGAUAGUUAAUUAUUUUUUGUCAAGGUCCAAAUUUCUUGGUCAAGAUAUAGUCACGGUCCAGACUCAAGAGAAACAUUUUUCACACCACAAGUGCCCCUGUUCAACGAACACAUACAAUGCUGUGAAAUAUACCCAGAGCCUAUAUUGUUUAUAUUUUUAGUGUAUUAAAUGAAAAAUAAAAUCAAACCGCUGUAUAGCCU